AUGCAGGCGGGCAGGAAACGGGAGCCUGCUCCUCAUCUUGGCUACUAUCGCAGCGGGAGGACAUUCCUCAUCACGGAGGAUGUUGCAGAGGAGAAGAAGGAAGGAGAGGAAGGAGAGAAAAAGAGAAGAGAGGAGGAGGGAGGAUGUAAUAUCUUAGUUGCUUCCUGUGUGAUAGCCACCAAGCCACAAGGGGGGAGUGAGAGAAGAAGGCAAGGAUGGGGGAUUGAAACCACUUGA